CGUUUUUUAUUUGUUUACAAACGUGAAUUUGGAUUAAUUUAAACCGAUUUUUAUAUAUAUUUUUACAAUUUCAUACAAAAAUAACAUUAAAAUCCACAAUGACAACGUUAGCUGAACAACCGAAAAUAAAAUUAGGUGACUAUAUAGUCAUACAACGACAAAAAUAUACCAAAUUACAGAAAUUUGGUAAUUUAGAUGCCACCGCUAUGUUGGGCAAGGAUCAGCUAGAGCUAAAGGCAUUACUCGAUCAACCUUAUGGUGCCACCUUUAAAAUGUGUCCCAAAGAAGAUUUGGGCAAGUCUCAUCGAGGACGUCAAAAGUUAAACUCUUUGGAAUUGUGCAAUGAAUUGGAAAUGCGUAAUAUACGUGAAGUAUUGGGCAUUUCCUCCAGUGGUGAAGACAAUCGUAAUAUAAUAGACGAUGGUGAUUCGCAGGCUCUAAAACCGGAAGAUAUUGAUAAAUUAAGAGAUGAAUGCAAUGAAAGCACUAAAAUUAUAGAGAAAAUUGUGGAAAAUUCAAAAACAUUUCACAAUAAAACUGCCUAUUCACAAGAAAAGUAUUUGAAGAAAAAGGAAAAGAAAUAUUUUGAAUAUAUACAAAUUAGACAACCUACUAUACGUUUAAUAACGGAGAUAUACUAUCGUCAAGAUUCGGAAAAAGUAAUGGGCCUAAGAGUUGAUACAUUGUCGCAGUUAAUCUCGUAUUCGGGUAUUUCGGCUUUUGGUAAUUAUUUGUUAUAUGAAAGUGGUUCCAAUGGUCUAUUGCCAGCUGCUUUUUUGAAUUCUAUGGGUGCGAAUACCGAAGCUCAUUUGGUACACAUGCAUCCGGGUAAUGUGCCACAAAAACAGGCAAUUUUAGCUUUAAAUUUACCCGAUGAACAACUGCAACGGUGUAUUUCUGUGAAUAUUUAUUCAGUUUUAAGAGAAUUUUAUCAAGGUGAUGAAACUUCAGCAGAGGUAGAGGAGCCUAGUUCCAAGAAACAAAAAUUAAAUGAAGAGGAUAAAGAUUCUUCGGAAACUUCAGCUGAUUCCUGUAAAUCUGACGAAUCAGCUAAACCUUCUGCUGCCUUACAAAAAUGGCAAUUGGAAAAUAAACGUGCCGUGACAUUAAUGCAACAGAAAUUUGAUUCUUUGGUUAUUGCGGCCAAAGAACAUCCCACCAAUUUGGUUAAGGAACUAUUGUCGUUUGUUAAACCCUCUAGACCUGUUGUUGUUUUUAGUCUGUGUAAAGAAGUUUUAAUGGAAUUGUAUGUCGAUCUAAAAUCAAGCUCUAAAGUUACUAAUUUACACUUGACUUCGAACUGGUUGCGUCAGUAUCAAAUUUUACCCAAUCGCACACAUCCUGAGGUAAAUAUGCAGGCAAAUAGUGGUUAUUUACUGACGGGUAUGACUUUAGGUUAAUAUGAAAUAAUAAAAUGAAAAAUAUAAAACUUUA